AUGUAUCGAUCAGAUCGAAGAAACGAUCAUCUUCAAUUGGAAUUAAAUUCUAGAAUCAACAAGCCUCUCAGAGGACAAGAAAGCGCAGACGAAAUCCGUCAGGACAGGCGAACCAGACGACAUGGACGACAGGAAGCAUUACCUCCCUUGAAUUUAGCAGACGACAGAGAAGGUCCUAGUGACUACUAUGGCGACAGAAGUCCAAGAUCGAGAGAUCAAUAUGACGAACGAGAUGAAGCCUCGAACAAUUAUCAUCAAACGGAGGAACGUCUUGAUCGUAGACGUCCGAACAGAUAUUCUGCCGCUGAGCGUCAGCGACGUCCCGAUGAAAUAUCAGAAAGUCCAAGGUACAAAGACUCUGAUGCAUAUGCUAACGAUUUAGGUGUGGACAGAAGAGUGUCGGAUCGCCGCCAAGAACCUCGUCUGCCGAUAAAAAUCGACAACGAAAGACGUUUUGAGCACGACAUUGCAGAACCAUCGACUCCGGAGUCAACCGUCGAUACUUAUCCACGAGGAGUGGGGAGGGUCAUUAAUAAAUUCGAAAAGAAGUUGGCAAAUCCUGGCGGGAAUCCGUCGUUCAGACGACAGGAGCGACAUGCAGACGAUAGUUUUUCUCCGGAGUCCAGCGGAAACUUUUCUCCUCGAAGCUUCGACAUCCGACAAGAUGAUGAGUUCCGUGGGAAUCCAGUCCGACGUACAGACAGUCGCAACCGAUACAACGAUGUAGGUAAACCAAGAGAUCAGGCAAUAGAGGCUUCAAAUUUUUUGGACGUUGCCACCCGGCUUCCGAAACGGGAACCCAGCAUCAUUAGAGAGGAGAGUCCCUACAAGCAUUCCAGACAAGACUCGGCAGCUUCGUCAAUUGUCUAUCCCCCAGUGGAAAAGCGACUGUAUCAAGAACUGAGACCUCCCGGAGCUAUUAGAGUAUAUCCAGAUCGAAAACGGGAUUCCGACCUCAGCGAAUUGGAUGAAGCAGUAACGGAAUUCCCGGGAUAUCCUUCCACUGAUAACAGACGCAUGCGUUUGGAAGAUAAAGCCGAUCUUUUGCGAAGGGACAUCAGACCGUAUGGAUCACCACAAACCCAAGUCAAUCCAGCUUUUGAUGGCUACAUCGACGAAGACGUUGAACUGGAUAUCGAUCCAUAUCGUGAGAAGACCAAACGGGUUUCCCCACGAGAGGAUUCCCCAGACUGGAAAAUCUAUUCCGGACGAGAGGAUCAACCUAGAGAAUAUGCAAACACAGGAGAUAACUAUGGUACCAGGGAAUUUCCCAGACCUAGGUCGUCCGAGUACAGCAAUUCUCCCCGAGAAGCAAUACAAAACUACGCACCAGUAAGGGUCCACAAAAAUUCCGAGGUGCGAGCAAUCGAGGAGCUUGAUAAGGUCAUUGAUUAUGCGGAUCAUCCAAGAAGUAAUUUUACGAUGUCUUCUACUAAGGCUAACGGAUAUUCCAACAUCCCAGAAAACUACAAAGUCUACGGACCAGCAAAUGAUGGACGUAGCUCGGUAUAUUCUUCAAGAUUGGAUACCAGCGUGGUCCGAAGUCGCAAAGAAACGCGACACCAGUCGCUUCAUCCUUGUAUGGUAUUUUUACUCAUUGUGGCUGGGAUGUUCAUCAUUUGGGACGCGGUGAACGAUUGGCUGUUUUUCAUACGGAAUCAGAAUUGGAUUUGCAGCUCUAACGUCAGCCUCUCCAGAGACCCAUACAACUUAACAUUCGGUAAUUUGUCAUUGGUAUGCGAUGAGAAACGUGAACUUUUUCGAGUCCUUGUCGUCAUCGCAACAGCUUGGGGCUCCCUGAUUUCAGUUCUACAAAUUAUCAACAUUAUGGUUACUAUGGUUACCGGAUUGCGUAGCGGGAAAGUUAGAGCAAUGUCCGGUCUUUCGGAACUUCUGCUAGCUAUUAUUCUUCGAGAGAUUCCUCAAAUGCUUCUGGUCCUGUUCUUGAACUUUCCUUGUGACUGUGGAGAGGAUGCUCGGCUGAUAACGACGCUUGUGAUCGGAGGCGGAUUCCUUAGCUCAGUGGUGCGAUUCUUGACUACGUUCCGUUCAUGUCUGGUGGCUCAACAACCAUCCCUAAGGGGGCGCCAUUCCCUGAAACAUAUGAAGAAGAGCAUAGCUUAG